AUGUGGUUCCUGCGUCAUCUAUUGGCUUUUCACCUCUCGCUUAGUAUAUCCGUCGAUCAUACACGAGUUUCUGCCUUUGGUAUUUCCUCUCCCUGUGGUUCUGUACGAAUUGGAUCCAACCCCGUUCAGCCUAGUACUUCAAACACCAACAAGAAGUAUCUUUUGAAUCAACAACAACAUCAACAAGGUCUAGAUUUCGCUACCUCCAUUCCUCGCGGCGGAACUCGAAUCAUGGCUGCCUCUACCGAUACUGCAACCGCUAGUGCUGCUCCCAAGAAGAAACGAGUCCGUUUGACGGCCUUGGAUGGGAUUCGUGCCCUCCUCGCCCUUCACAUUGUUCUCGGUCAUUUCUUGCGCUUUGCCAAGCCCAAUGGCUUUCUUAUGAAAUUCUUUGCCCAAGUCAACCUUACUGUUGGAGCCUUCUUUGCCAUAUCUGGAUAUGUUACUGCUUACACCAGCACUGAAGUUGGAGAACAAAAGGCAUCUGCCAAGUUGACAGAUACCCCAGCUCAAAAGUGGUGGCUUUCCAAAGUUAUGAGUUUCUAUCCCAUGCAUUGGUUGGUCUUGCUUCUAUUCAGUCCCAUGUUUAUUUAUUCCGAUCUUGCUGUCAAGGGAUGGUCCACUGUGGCCAUCAAUGGUUUGCUUUCCGUCACUUUGACGCAAGCCUGGAUGCCAAUGCACGCCGAAGUCUGGAAUGCUCCAACCUGGUUUCUAUCGAGUUUGGCAUUUUCCAUGGCCGUCAUGCCUUUCUGUUUGCCCAAGAUUGCAAGUAUGGACAAGAAGGCCCUCCGAAAGACCACUGGAUGGUUGUGGCUCGUCAACUUGCUUCCAGUCUUGGGAUACGUCCUGGAUCACAACGUUUGGUUGGUCGAAGGCAUGACAGCCCCAAAGCAUCAUCCGGCGUUGGCAGUGUUCAAUGCCCAACGCUUCCAUCCAGUAUUCAACGUUGCCGAAAUCCUCAUGGGUGCAACUAUGUGCCGAUUGGCGAUGCUCGAUGAUGACAAGGAAAACAAACUCCCCAAACCAACCAACUGGAUGUCCACUGCCAUGCCCCUUCUGGGAUGCUUGGGAGUUUUGAUGGCCCGAGCCUCUGGCCUAGUCCCUGACUGCUCAGAUCUCUUGGUUCGCAGUGUCAUUUUCACCCCGCUCUUUCUCAAGUUUGUCCUUGGUUCUCAUCGCAACACUGUUUCUGGCGCAUGGGAUCCAAUCAGUACCAUUUUGUCCAACAAUGCAUUGGUCUGGCUUGGUGGAUUGAGUUUCCCCAUAUUCGUCGUUCAUGGACCUCUUGGACAAGUAUUCUACAAACGCUUGAUUGCUGGCAAGUUGUGGGGUGGAGUCUUGUGGGGACCACAAUAUUUUGCCCUCUAUUUGGCUUCCGUCUUUGGAACUGCCAUUCUCCUGCAAAAAUUCUUUUUGCAGAACAAGGCAGUAGGCAGCUGGUCCAAGAAGAAGGUGGAAGACUUUGCCGCAUGGAUGUAA